UCCCAUAUCCGACAAGGUGAAAGUACUGCAACAAUACAUCACCUCCUUGUCGCGCACUAGCGUUCAGUAAAGAUGUCUCAUGCAGGAAAAAAGAGAAAAUUAGACAAAAGUCGCCAGGAUAGACUUUAUUUUGACAGCUAUUCUGAUGUGACCAUACACGAGGAGAUGAUAGCAGACCACGUCCGAACCAACGCUUACCGGACGGCCAUCUUUAGGAACACUGAGCUGAUCAGAGGAAGAGCCGUUCUGGAUGUCGGGGCAGGAACCGGCGUUUUAAGCAUCUUCUGUGCUCAGGCUGGUGCGAGGAGGGUGUUCGCUGUGGAGGCCUGCUCCAUAGCCGAGCAGGCGGAGGAGAUCGUGAAGCACAACAAGGUGGAGGACAUAGUUCAGGUCAUCCGGGGGACGGUGGAGACCGUGGACCUACCGGAGAAAGUGGAGGUGAUCGUGAGCGAGUGGAUGGGCUACGCUCUUCUGCACGAGUCCAUGCUCAACUCGGUGCUGUACGCGCGCGACAAGUGGCUGAAGCCUGGCGGCCUGAUCCUGCCGAGCAGAGCCGAACUCUACAUCACCCCGAUCAGCGACCCGGUGGUGGAGGACCGCUUGUUUUUCUGGUACACCGUCAAGGAUCAGUACGGGGUGGACAUGUCCUGCAUGUCUGACUUCGCUCGGAAAUGCAUCAAGAACACGGACAUCACGGUGAGCUCGGUGGCCGUGGAGGACGUGCUCUCCCACCCGGCCCGCUUCGCGGAACUGGACCUGAACUCGGUGACCGUGGAGGAGUUGCGGUCGGUGAAGGGCCCGUUCCGGUGCGAGUCGUUCGGCUCCGCGGCGGUGAACGCCUUCUGUGUUUACUUCACGGUGACUUUUCCCUGUCCGGGCGUACCGCAGACACUGGUGCUGUCCACAUCCCCGUCCCAACCGGAGACUCACUGGAAGCAGGCGGUGCUGUACCUGGACUCUCCGGUGGAAGUGGUGCAGGACACGCCGGUUACCGGAGAGGUUAGAAUGUAUCCCUCCGAGGACAGCGCCAGACACAUAUGCGUCCAUGUGGACUACACUAUAGGACAGCAGAAGACACAAUCUAAGACUUUCUCCAUCCCUGACUGGACCCCUGAUACUCAAUCUUAAUGAGAAUAAUCCAAUUUAAUCUCAUUUAACUUGUUCUGUCUUCACUGUGAGCUGAUAUGAAGGCCUGGUCAGGAAUAAUCUACAAAUUAAACCCAAGCUGCUGUUUAAAGAUUUUAUGCAACAAUCUGAGCUGAUUUGAGAUUCUUUAGACACAAGCCUGCUGGUCUUUUAUUUGUUUUGUCUAGUAAAAGUUUCCUUUAAUUGACAUAAAAAUGCUUCAUAGCACCUUAUUGUACAUUCUUUAAUUGUGACGUUUCUCUUGAUGUUACCCUUUAAACAGACAUGUCCAAAGUGUGGCUCGGGGGCCAUUUAUAGCCCUUGAAGUGGUUUUAUGUGGCCCCCAAAUAAAUAUCUGGGAUUAAUUCUGUCUUUCUAGAGUGCUGUUGAUAAAGACUGGCAGCUUAUGACACUUUUAUGUUUAGAUCUGUCUUCUACUAGAAUGUUUAACCUUUUUUUGUAUUUUGUAAUUUGAAUUGCUUUUAUUUUCGAUUUAUUCACCAUAUUUAACUUUCUCUUGUACCAUGUUCAGCGCCUUGGGCUUCCCGAUAGGGUUGCAGAAGGCGCUUUAUAAAUAAAGCUUUGAUUGAUUGAUUGAUAGA